AAGCUCCACACCUCUUUCUUUCAUUUGACAGGAUUGUGUUUCUCCUACAGUCUGGACAAUGAGCGGUGGGGCUGAGUGGGCGGGGCAGUGUGAUGUUCCCCCUGAGGAGUCUCCAUGGAGUGAGGAGGCUGGUGAGGAACUGUGGGAACGUGUGGAAGGGGUGCGGCACAAACUGACCCGAAUCCUGAACCCAGCUAAACUCACACCGUACCUGCGGCAGUGUAAAGUCAUCGAUGAGCAGGACGAGGAUGAAGUGCUCAACUCCACACAGCUCCCUCUACGCAUCAGCAAGGCUGGUCGUUUAUUGGAUAUCUUGAGGGGGCGUGGUCAGCGUGGACUGCAGGCCUUCAUGGAGUCUCUAGAGUUUUAUCAUCCUGAACAAUACACACAACUGACAGGUCAACAGGCCACACAGCGCUGCUCCAUGAUGCUGGAUGAGGAGGGUCAUGAAGGUCUGACCCAGUUCCUGCUGGUCGAGGUGCGAAAGUUGCGAGAACAGUUGCGUUGCACGAUGUGUGAGCGGCAACUCUUGCAGCGCUGCCGUGUAGCUGAGGACGAGCACAACCGUCUACAGAGACAAAACCAGGAACUCAGACAGGAGCACAGCCAGCUGGAGAGGUUAAAGCAGGACUGUGAGGCAGGAGUGAGGGAGUUGGGACGGUUGAAGGAGAGACUUUUAGAGCAGGCAGUAAAAUAUUCUCGAGUUUUAGAGGAACAGCGUAAUGCCUCCAACCGAGAGAGAGAGUUACUGUCACAGAUAGAACAACUAAAGAACAGACUGAAGGAGGCAGAGAAAACUACCCUCGGAGACUCAGCACCUGUCACACGGAGCAGUGUGUGUGUGAGUGCGUGUGGAGCCACUGAUGGUCAAAAGGUGGCAGUGCAGCAUACUGAGUCUUUGAGAGAGCGCAUUACUAGUACACAGGCACUGCUGGAUAUUCUUCAUCAGGACCGCAGGGAAGCAGCAGAACAAAGGAAAGAGCUGUGCGGUACUAUAAUUAGACUGCAGGGGGAGCUAGAGAGCGCUGACACUAUUAGAGGAAAGUUGGAGGCUCAGUGUGAACAGUUACAGGUGAAGAUAAGAACUCUGCAGUUGGACUGGGAGGAGGAACAGAAAAAAAGUUCAUCUUACUUUAACCAAAUCAUGGAGCUGGAGAGGGAGAGAGACCAGGCUCUGCGCAGUCGGGACAGUCUGCAGCUGGAGUUCACUGAUUGUCUGCUGGAUAAGAAUCGUCUACGUAAAUGCAUCAGUGAGCUGCAGAGUCGAGUGGAGCAGCUGCACCGAGAGCUGGAGAGAGAGAAAGACAAGAAGCAUGAGCCAGAAUACACACACACACAGUGCUGCAGUCACGGAUCUCACUUGUCUCUACUGGGUGAAGAGUGUUUUGGGCCGUGCUGCUCACUCAGCUCACAGUUACUAAAUAAGUCUCCCUCUAAUGGACAGAACAGUGAACACGCAGGGGAUUCCCACUACAACUCAGAUGAGAACCUGCACAAUCCACUACACAGUGCAAAGGAGAUAAACCGACUCUCCACAUUCCCAUUCCCUCCUCAUAUUAACUCCAUCAACCGCCGGGUCAACACUGAGUUUGAUUUGGACUCAUGGGGCAGUGAUGAAACAGAGAACAUAAUGGGUUCUGAUCUGCCUGACACUGAGUCAUCACUGUGGGAUUCAUGCAGCUCUUUACACUCCUACUUUAUACCUCCUGAUCCAGUCAAUGGGCCUCCAAACACACACACACAAGACACACUGAAGUCAGACUCUACUCACCCUAUACCCAAUAACACAAGUCUGGCUGAUGACAUCACUGUUGUCGGGGGCAACCGCACUGGUAUAUUUGUACAGACAGUGAGGGUGGGGUCUGCAGCUGAGAUGUGUGGCCUGAGGGAGGGGAGUGAGUUAUUACAGUUAGAGGAAGUGUUGUUUGCAGGAGGUUGUGUUGAUUUGACUCAGUGUACAGCAGAAGUGGCUCAUUUUACUCUUCAGUGGUGGACUGAACCCUCAUCACUAACACACAGACUUAAUGACAAGGCUUUCUCCAGGUUGAACAGUGAGCUCUCCUCUCCCUCGUUUAUUGGUGCUGACUCGUUUUACGUGCGGGUGAACCUGGAUCUGUUCCUGCACGAUGAGCCCGGUCUCCGUGUCACCUGUAACGACAUCCUGCACGUCACAGACACACGGUACAAUGGCAAAUACCAGUGGCGCUGCGCACGUGUGGACACACACUCAGCUAAACCACUGCAGAGUGGAGCUGUGCCAAACUUUAAUAGGGCUCAACAGUUAUUGCUGGUGAAACUACAGACUAUCGCACUACAACAACAAGACAGAAAGAAGAAAUUUAGUAAAAUGGUUUCUGAGCGUUUGCGCUUGGUGAAGGCCAUCUCACCAAAAUGUCAAGGGAUUGGCUCCUCCUCCUCGGUCCUGUACACACUCAGUAACCGUCAUGAAGAACACCUGAUACCAUACAGUUUGGUCCAGCCCAUGCAGGUGGAGUGUAAAAGGCCUGUCAUUUUCUCUCCUUCUGUUCUCUCUCAUGGCCUCAUUGAGCGACUACUGCAGCCGGCUGAUUCAGGACUACACUUUAACACCUGUCCUCCAGAGCCAAUACCAGCAAGUGAGCAUAAGGAUAAAAGUGUGUUUCUGUUAGAUCAAAGACACGACUCAGAUCACACACUCGGCAUCAGACUGCAGAGCAUCCAGGAGGUCAUAAAGCAGGAUAAAAACUGUUUGCUGCAGUUAAGUGUCAGCAGUGUUGAUGCUUUACUGAAACAUGGUGUGUAUCCGAUCAUCAUCCACAUUAAACCAAAGGACAAGAAGGGCAGGAAGUUCAGUAAGCUGUUGUCAUGUACACAGGAAACUGAUGUAAUGGAGGUUGUGAGGGUGGAGGAGCUGCAGUUGGAGCCUUUGCCGCUGAUGUUCAGCACACUGCAGCCGAGCGACUGGAGCUCCACUGACGAACUGGUCCACAUUGUCCGCCAGACUAUCCACGCCCAGCAGGGGGCACUCACAUGGCUCGAAAUGGACAGGCUCUAACAAUCAAACGAAGAAGAAGAAGAAGAAGAGGAAAUUGUGUUAGAGAAUUAAACACACAGGUCUUUAGAGCAGAUACACAUAAACCUUUACUCUGAACUGAAAUAUAUACACAUUAUUACACAUGUUUAUUUUACUACAUUCUCUCAUAUAUAUUAAUAAUAAAAGAGGAGAUAUUAC